UUCUCCCUACAGCAAUUACACAGCCACCCUGGGAGCAAACUACCAACUCAGCACAACCUCUGGGAGGGAAAGUCCUGUCCCCUCCUCUGUCCGGCUCAGUUUACUAGUAAACUUGUUGUGUGAGCUUUACACUCACUGGGAGUCUGGCACAUGCGAGCAGUGCAGAUCUAUAUAUACCCUCUCUGCUGCUGGGCUGAGCUGAGCUGCUGAGACGUCGCUGGAUGUCCUUCUGGAUCCCGGUCUAUAACGCUCCCUUGUAUUAGUGCUGAGCACAAUGGCGGCCCAAGGCAAAGGUUAUGGCUACUACAGGACAGUCAUUUUUUCUGCCAUGUUUGUGGGGUACACUUUGUAUUACUUCAAUCGGAAGACUUUUUCCUUUGUCAUGCCAUCAGUGAUGGAGGAAAUUACACUAGACAAAGAUGAUCUAGGUCUGAUCACCAGUAGCCAGUCUGCAGCCUAUGCCAUCAGCAAAUUUAUCAGUGGAGUCCUGUCCGAUCAGAUGAGCGCCCGCUGGCUCUUUUCCUCUGGUCUAUGCCUUGUGGGUCUGGUAAAUGUGGUGUUUUCCUGGAGCUCCAGUGUGCCAAUCUUUGCCACGCUCUGGUUCUUUAAUGGCUUGGCACAGGGAUUAGGUUGGCCUCCAUGUGGAAAAGUACUUCGCAAGUGGUUUGAGCCCUCCCAAUUUGGAACAUGGUGGGCUAUUCUUUCUACAAGUAUGAACUUGGCUGGUAGUCUUGGACCAAUCAUUGCUACUCUGGUUGCGGCCAGUUAUAGCUGGCGCAGCACUCUGUCCCUGUCUGGCCUAAUCUGUGUGGUGGCCUCUGUCCUCUGCCUUGUACUCAUCAAGAAUGAGCCAUCUGAUGUGGGGCUAAAGAAUAUUGAACCUGGGACCAAGAAAGGGAAGAAAGCUUCUAAAUCUGAUGAGACCACAUUAAAGGAAUUCCUGCUGUCCCCGUACCUUUGGUUGCUAUGUGCUGGGUACUUGGUGGUGUUUGGGGUAAAAACAUGCUGUACAGACUGGGGACAACUGUUCCUAAUCCAAGAUAAGGGGCAGUCUGCUCUUAUAGGCAGCUCCUACAUGAGUGCCCUAGAAGUUGGCGGUUUGUUUGGAAGUAUUGCUGCAGGCCUGCUGUCCGACCGUGCCGUUGCGCGGGUUGGUUUAAGGAGUCAUGGUAAUCCUCGACAUGGACUUCUCCUCUCCAUGAUGGCUGGAAUGGCGGUUUCCUUAUAUCUAUUUCGCGUUACAGUCACCCCCGGGUCAUCCAAGGUUGACGGUUUCUGGUCUCUUGCACUUGAACCUCUUGCCGAGAUGUCUGGCUUCACCGAACAAGAGCUCUGGAUACUGAUUCUGGGAGCUGUAUUUGGAUUUUCCUCAUAUGGACCCAUCGCCUUAUUUGGGGUUAUUGCCAAUGAAAGUGCACCCUCCAACUUCUGUGGCACAUCUCAUGCUAUUGUAGCACUAUCUGCCAACAUUGGUGGAUUCCUUGCUGGUCUUCCCUUCAGCACAAUUGCCAAAUACUAUGGUUGGAACACCGCUUUCUGGGUGGCUGAGAUCACCAGUGCAGCCGUAACUGUCAUCUUCUUCCUGCUAAGGAACAUUCAAACAAAGAUGGGUCGUUUGCCUAAGAAAUCUGACUGAGAUUCAGAUAACGGAGACUCCUCUUCCUCCUUCGAACCCUGCAGCAACACGAACGUGAGUCUAAGCCAAAAGGAGACGAGAAACUGUUUACCAAUCCUGAGCUGCUCUUUGUGCAGUUAUCUGCAUAUCCUGUGGCCACUAACCUCUAAAGCCCCAGAAAGUCCCAUUGAAGAUUAAUCAAUAUACUACCAGCUGUAACUCUCAGAAGAAGGAGCUUACUCCAAAUCAGACCAAUAAGAGUCUUAAACUGUUGCCUUCUACAUUAGGCUCUGGAUCCUUAGAACUAUUAGUAACUGAUGAUGGAUGCAAGAUUUGUUAGCAAAACAUGACAUUUAUGAGCAACAAAGGAAAGGAUUACAGCUGGCAUUGACCACAUCAACUUGAAGAGAUAUUUGGGUAACUACUACCUCUAAAGAUUAAUAUAGAAUAAUACUGGAAAUGAGGAAAACCUUUUGAAUGGCUGACUUGAAGGGAAAAUCUAAUUUGUUUCAUCCCCAUUCUGAUUAACCUCUGCAGGCUGUAGUAACAGACAAAACUGGAAUAAACUUAUGUUUCUUUGCACCUUUCAGUUGCCAAGUGAGCAACAUUUAGAUCUUGUUUAUGUACAACAAUCAUGUAUUGCAAUAUGUGAAGGUCUUUCUGUCAGACGGGAUAAUGUGCUGCUAGACAGCAUCUAAUGGUUACAUUGCUAAUUAUACAUUCUUUUUAAAGAACUAAGCAAACUAAAAUUGUCAGAUUUGUGCUUAAAGUUUUGACUUAAAUUAAUUUCUAACCCCAUCAGGAACGCUGCCAAGGUAUACUUUUCAUGGUCUAAUUAUGAUGUUUUAGCCGCGUCUGAACAGGUAUAUUGUGACAUUAGAAGUUGUUGUGGCAAGUUCCUAUGGUUCUUUGUAGCAGAUCUGCAAUAUUACCAGAGAAGAGGAUUUUUUUUCUGAAGUAUUCCACAUUGCAAAUGAAAAAUCAAUUAUAGAUAUAAUUUGCUCAAUUUCUAAAAUGAGAACUUUGUUACUGUAAAUGUCACUCAAUACUGCACUAAAAUAUAAGCUGUGAACAAAUUA